UUUUUCUAUAGAAUAUCUUGUAAAGGAGAAGUUUUUCUAUAGAAAAUGUUUUUAAACGAAAUGUUUAAGAGAUAAAGCAUUUGUUUUUAUAGAGUAAUUUUCCAAAGUUGUCUAAAUUAUGAUCAUUUUGCUUUCAUUCAAACUGCGCCUGCGCUAUUUUGUGAAACAACAAAAAUUCUCUGUGGGAGUGAUCUCUUAAGAUCAUUUUAACACAUUUUCCCUAUUAGUUCUACUUUAUUAGUUCUUGUGUGUAUAUAGCGGCCAUUGUAAAGUCUAAAAAUAUACUCCCUCACCAAACUAAUGAAAAUUUUGUAAAAAUUUUCUUUAAAAAAGUUAAAAAUUUAUAAAAAUUUUAAGAAUUUUACUGGAAAUUUAAAGAAAAUGUCUGAUUUAACAGAUGUCUGUGCCGUUUGCCAAAUACCGGCUAAACAAGUUUGUUCCGCUUGCAAAAUUGUCAAAUACUGCAGUGCGGAACAUCAGCGCCAGCAUUGGAAGCAGCAUAAGAAAGAAUGCCGUUCUUUUCGCAUUGACAAUGAUGCAACUUUGGGUCGUUAUCUAUUGGCCACAAAAGAUAUUAAGGCAGGAACGGCUAUAUUUACUGAAGCUCCUUUGGUUGUGGGUCCCAAAUGGUAUUUAACGGAAAAGGAACAAGAAGUGCCAGUUAUGCCCUGUGUGGGCUGUUAUACGCCCUGUCGUAUGGGUGCCUAUCAGUGUCCCAGAUGUCAUUGGCCUUGUUGCUCACCCGAUUGUGAGGGUUUGUUAAAUCCCAAUCUGCAUGCUUUAGAAUGUUGUAUUCUAAUGCUAGGUUCUGGACCUGCUGCAACAGCAGAUAUGAAUGCUUUAAUGGAUUAUUAUCGUUCAGAUGCUUUGUUGGUUUUAAAAUGUUUAAUAUUACAAAGACAAAAUCCCAAGAAAUGGAAAGAACUAAUGGACAUGCAAAGUCAUGAGGAGGAUAGACAGGGCACAGAACUGCAUGAAGAUGCUGAACAACGUAUUGUGUCCUAUUUGCAGCGUAACUUUUUGCAACCUUUAAAAGCGUUGGAACAAAAGUCCAAAGAAAAACAUCUGCCGGAAUAUGAUAGCGAUAUAUUACAUCGUAUAUGUGGCAUAAUCGAAACCAAUUAUAUGUGCAUUAGUUUAUCUUCGGGCCUAGAAUUGAGUGGUGUUUUCUAUACGGCCUGUAUGAUGGAACAUUCUUGCCUGCCCAAUUGUUAUUUUCAAUUUGAUCAGCGUAAUGGUUUCCGCAUUACGGUUAUUGCUGGUCGUGACAUUAAAAAGGGUGAACAUUUAAAGAUUAUGUACUCGAAUAUGUUGUGGGCCACACAAAUGCGUCAUGAACACUUGAUCAUUACAAAACAUUUUCGCUGCAGUUGUGAACGUUGUCAGGAUCCCACAGAGAUGGGUACAAACUUUAAUGCUUUACGUUGUGUGGGUGAUGUUGGCGUUGAUUGUGAUGGAUUACAGUUGCCGAAGGAUCCUUUGGAUAGUAAAACCGAUUGGUUGUGCAAUAAGUGUCCAAUGGUUAUAAGUGGAGAAGAGGUCCGCUACCUUUUAACCCAAAUGACCGAAGAAGUUGAAUCUCUUUUGGCACGCAAACCCACCCUCAAACAAGUCGAAAAUCUUAUCGAUAAAUUGUCUACAUUUUUGCAUCCAAAUCAUUAUCAUAUGUUCAGUUUAAAGCAUUCGCUCAUCCAACUCUAUGGCAAUAAAUUGGGCUAUAAAAUGCAACAAUUAUCGGAAGAACAAUUAAACAAAAAACUAACAAUGUGUCAGGAUCUAUAUGAAAUUUGCCAAAAGUUAGAUCCCUACACAAUACGUCUAUCCAUAUAUGUGGGUAUAAUUCUAUAUGAAAUGCAUACCGUUCUGAUGGAAAAGGCAAAACGUUUAAACAAUCUAAAAGAGGAAGAGAAAAAGCUUUACUUGCAGGCUAAAGAUCAUUUACAAAACGCCUUAAUGGUGCUAGAAAAAGAAUUGGACAAUGUGGCGGGUAGUAAACUAAGUGAUCGUGUUAAAAAGGCUUUGGAAUAUGUGGAUAUUUUAUUGAUUAAAGUUUAGUGGAGAAGGUUUAAAGAAAAUAAAAUAUUUAUAAAUUAUA